CUUUCUUUCUCUUUUGGAAAGCGAAAAAAUGAUAUAUUAUCAUCAUUAAUCAUUGUGAAAACAAUUUUGCACCGCACACACUCGAUGUAUUCUCUUAGACAUUGUUUUUAACAAAAGCACAAAACAAACAAUACAAUACAAUAUACGAAUUUUUAUGUUUGGUUAUGUUUCUCUAUCUAUAUGUGAUCACAGUUACGGAGAUAAUGUGCGUUCUUUACUUUAAACGGGAUUGGAAGCCGCCCAAGAACAUGGCCGCUUGGGAUGCGCAAGCAAAUCUACGCGGUUGACUCGAAAACGGGUGCUUGUCCCUACUGUAUAUCCUUAUACUGUGGUUCUGUGAUGGAAGCUAGUAAGUUACACGUCCAUGGUUCGGAUUGUAAAGAUUGUAACAAAUGUGAAUAAUACAUAUUGCAUUAAUGUAAUAUAAAAUUUUGUAUUACGUUAUCUAAAUAUUUGACGACAUGUGUAUAUGAAAGCUUAUUACAAUCAAAAUUGUAUGUUUACCAAUGACUACCAAAGAUGCACGUCGUUCUUGUACUAUAAAUUAUUCGUCAUAGAUCGGUUAAUGAAAAAACAGUGCUAGAAAAGCAUAUUGAUAAGCAGUCAAGAGAGUCGACGAGACGAUGGCAAUUGAAACAUUUAUAUUUUUUGAUCUGGAAACAACUGGCCUGAUAGAGGGGAAAAUUAUGCCGAGAAUUAUGGAGUUAGCUUUAGUUGCUGUUACAAGAAAAUCGAUAUACAGCAGUAAUAGAAAUUCUCCACCAAGAGUGCUACAUAAACUUGUGAUUCCAGUUAAUCCUCAGAAAAUUGUAUCGUCAAAAGUGGAAUAUCUAACGAAAUUGUCUAACGAGGAUUUGCAGCUUCUGCAACCUUUUAACUGCGAUAUUUAUGAAUUAAUAAUGCGCUUUCUGCAGCGUCUUAUACCGCCAGUCUGUUUCGCGGCACACAAUGGCAAUGGUUUCGAUUAUCCGAUAUUCUUGUGGGAACUUGCAUGCAUCAAUAAGGUCCUCAAUAAUGAAAUACUUUGUAUCGACACGUGGAAAAUGUUUCAAGAUUUUUUUAAGAAAGAGAACUUGGAAUCGAGGGUGAUCCAGGACUUGUUAAAUGACGAAUACAAUGACGUGCUCUCCGUUUUGAAUGUAGACGUAAUAACGAAAGAAAUUAAGGACGUCACAACAAGUGAAAGUUGUCACGAGAACGUUGUCACGUCGCAAAGUACAGUUACCCUUUACAAUGGAAGCAGCAAAAUAAUAAAUAAGGGAAAGUAUGAUACGAAAGGGAAAUAUGGUGAUAGUACCGCGGAACGAUCGAUGAAGCAUGCCAAGCAACGGGCUAAUGAAAGAACACCAGAAAGCCAAAUAAUUCGGACGCACAAUGUUUUCGUGGACCGGCCGCUUAAGAGUAAUCCGAGAAAAAGAUUGGAUUUCGAAUCCGCAGAGAAACCCGCCAGUCUAAAGCUGAGCGCCAUCUAUGAGCAUAUGUUUAGCUCGAACUUGCCAAAUCAACAUUCAGCCGAAGCGGACUGUCUCGCCAUGAUACGCUGUGUCAAUAAUAUCGCUGACUUCUUUCUUUCAUGGUCAGAUAAUCACGCUAUUCCCUUGAGUCGUUGUAAAAAGACGUAACAUUAUUUACAGUUUUUAAUUAAGCAAUAAGAAUAACAAAAUAAACAAGUUAAGAAAAAUGAUAUGAAUAUGAUUUCUACAAUUUUAAAGAAAUAUUGUAGUCUCCUAGAUUUCUUUUAAAUGAAAAGCUAGUGUAUGAUCAGAAUUAACAUUAACAUAUUGUUGAGAUUUCUGCUCUUUCAUAUUUGUCAUAUUGGCAUAUAAUUUUGUAAGCAAAAAAAUCGUGAGAUUUUUCUUGCACUGUAUAUGUAAUUAAUUAAUAUUUACAUUAGUAUUUAUUUAAUAUUUACACUAGCAUGGCUAGCAAAAUAUAAUUGAUCUUUACUAAUGCUGAUAACUUUUUCGUCAUUUAUAAUGUUCUUUAGUAAUAGUUAGUACAAAUGUAAUGUUUUCUAAAUUUUCAGUUUUCAGGUGUUAUCGUGAAUCAAAGUUAUCGGUACAAAUUUAGUAAUCUAGUACUAUUAAUUUACUAUCUAAUUUAAAAAUAAAUUAAUUUGAUAUCUAAUUAAUUUAUACUUAUUUACUACUUUACUGAAUUAUUUGACAAAUUAAAACACCAUUUUUAAGUACAAUUUAGAAAUAUACUCUGUCUAACAUGAGACAAUUAAAUUUACUUGUGACAAUUAAAAAAUUAAUUUUUUCUAAUAUACAGUGCACGAAAUUCACAUAUUUUUUUGUUUCUAUUAGAUUUAUCGAAAGGUCCAUGCAGAUUAUUUUAAGCAAAAUUCAAACACUUCUUAAUUCUUAAUAUAAAGCUUUUUUUACACUUUUUAUACAAAGUUUUGCAUUCGAAUUUUGUUAAAAACUCCGCACGAAUUUUUCGGUAAACCCAAUAAUAUAACACUGUAAUAUGAUUAUUAUGGAAAAUAUAAAAACAAUUAGAAAGUUUUUUAAAC